CCGCCCCUCUGGAGGGAUUUAAAGGGCUGCUGGUUCCGACGCUGCGGGAUGGCGCCGCGCUGACGGCUCGGUGUCAGCGCUCGCCCCGUCCGACCCCCGCCACCAUGUAAGCGGUGCCCGCCGGCCGACGCCUCUCCGCGCGGGUCCCCUGCGCCCUGCCCCGGGCCCGGGCCCCUCCAUGAGGACACAACAUGCUGACGGGGGUGACCGAUGGUUUCUUCUGCUGCCUGCUGGGUGCGCCCCCCAAUGCCGUGGGGCCGCUGGACAGCGUGGAGUCCAGCGAUGGCUAUACCUUUGUGGAGGUCAAGCCUGGUCGUGUGCUGCGGGUGAAGCAUGCUGGGCCCGCGCAGGCCCCCACACCACCACCAGCAGCCUUGGAGGGGGCCCAUGGGGACAGAUCUGGCUUGGUCCGCUGCCAGCGCCGCAUCACCGUGUACCGCAACGGGCGGCUGGUUGUGGAGAACCUGGGCCGGGCACCCAGGGCUGACCUCCUUCACGGGCAGAAUGGCUCUGGGGAGCCGCCGGCUGCCCUGGAGGUAGAGCUGGCCGACCCGGCCGGCAGCGACGGCCGCUCCAACCCUGGCAGCGCGGGCAGCGGCGGGCGGCGGCGGCGGGCGAGGCGCCCCAAGAGAACCAUCCACAUUGACUGCGAGAAGCGCAUCACCAGCUGCAAGGGCACACAAGCCGACGUGGUGCUGUUCUUCAUUCAUGGUGUUGGUGGCUCCCUGGCCAUCUGGAAGGAACAGCUGGACUUUUUUGUGCGCCUGGGCUACGAGGUGGUGGCACCUGACCUGGCUGGCCACGGAGCCAGCUCUGCGCCCCAGGUGGCCGCGGCCUACACUUUCUACGCCCUGGCCGAGGACAUGCGCGCGAUCUUCAAGCGCUAUGCCAAGAAGCGGAACGUGCUCAUCGGGCAUUCCUACGGCGUCUCUUUCUGCACAUUCCUGGCUCAUGAGUACCCAGAUCUGGUACACAAAGUGAUCAUGAUCAAUGGCGGGGGCCCCACGGCCCUGGAGCCCAGCAUCUGCUCCAUCUUCAACAUGCCCAGCUGCGUGCUGCACUGCCUAUCACCCUGCCUGGCUUGGAGCUUCCUCAAGGCUGGUUUUGCCCGCCAAGGGGCCAAAGAGAAGCAGCUACUGAAAGAGGGAAAUGCAUUCAACGUGUCAUCCUUUGUCCUGCGGGCCAUGAUGAGUGGCCAGUACUGGCCUGAGGGUGACGAAGUCUACCAUGCUGAGCUCACAGUCCCCGUCCUGCUUGUCCAUGGCAUGCAUGACAAGUUCGUGCCCGUGGAGGAAGACCAGCGCAUGGCUGAGAUCCUGCUCCUGGCCUUCCUGAAGCUGAUCGACGAAGGCAGCCACAUGGUGAUGCUGGAGUGCCCGGACACGGUCAACACGCUGCUGCACGAGUUCCUGCUGUGGGAGCCCGAGCCCUCGCCCAGGGCGCUGGCCGAGCCGCCGCCCGAGCCCGCCCAGGAGAAGUAGCCCGGGGCCAGCGGGGCAUCUCGGUGAGCAGAGCCUGGCCCGGCGGACGGGCCGAGCCGGGUCUGCAGCCGCAGCGCGGGGCAGGGCAGCCCGGCACCCGGGUGGGCGGGGCCAGGCAGGGACACGCCCCAGGCAGACAUUCCCCUCAGUGGCUGGGGACAGGCCCAUAGAUCCGACCACACCCCAAUGGGUGUGGCCACGCCAGGGGCAAACCCGCAGGUAGGCGGAGCCAGCAGGCCACGCCCCCAGCCCGGCAGGGUGGGGCCUCUGGGAGCUGGGGUCAGCCAAGACCUCUGGGAAGGACAGCCUUGUACAGAACCCUCCGCACCCCCUCGCCACGGCCGAGGCCGGCCCACCCCACGCUGUCUUUGGUGUCACCCUUGGGGUCUCCUCCCAUUGCCUGCGACCCCACCCGCCCCCAAUUCCUUGGCGCUGGGAACUGUUGUUAUCCUGGGGGGCCCUGGGGAAGGGUCUGGCACCACCGAACCUGCACAUCUCAAGUUGUAACUCAA